CACCCUGCUGGGCAACCUGAUCAUCUUAGCAGCCGUCCUGGCGGACCCCCGCCUGCACACCCCCAUGUACUUCUUCCUCUGCAACCUCGCCGUGUUGGACAUUGGCCUCUCUUCUGUCAACAUCCCCAAAUAUCUGGCCAACCUGUGGGCCAACAGUAAUACCAUCUCGCUGGGUGGGUGCAUGGCCCAGGUCUUCUUCUAUCACUUUCUGGCCAGCACGGAGACCCUGCUCUACACGGUCAUGGCCUUUGACCGGUACGUGGCCAUCUGCCAUCCGCUGCGCUAUGUCCUCAUCAUGAACCACAGGGUGGUCACCCUCCUGGCCGCCGGCACCUGGAUCUGCAGCUCCUUCCACGCCACCAUCCUCGCCAGCCUGACCUUCACGCUGCCCUACUGCGGGUCCAACGUGGUGGACUAUUUCUUCUGCGACCUCUUCCCCGUGGUUAAGUUGGCCUGUGCGGACACGUACGUCCUUGAGGUCGUGACCUUCACCAACAUUGGUUUGGUGCCCAUGACCUGCUUCGUCCUCAUCCUCUCCUCCUACGUCAGGAUCGUCUACUCCAUCAUAAAGAUGAACGCAGGCGAAGGGCAGCGCAAAGCGGCCUCCACUUGUGCCUCCCACCUGGUGGUGGUGAUCAUGUUCUUCGGGCCCUGUGCCCUGGUCUACACCCAGCCCCAGCUGAGCAAAGUGUGGGUGACCACGCUGGAUGUGUUUGGCAACCUGGUGACACCCAUGCUGAACCCGGCCAUCUACACGCUGCGCAACAAGGAGGUGAAUGAGGGUCUCAGAAAAUUGCUGGGGGGUAAAACACCCGCACGGUGAUGGGUGGCCGCUGCAGGAGCAGCUCGCGGGUCUGCGUGGAAGUGCACCUUCAUCGCUACUCCAUAGCUUUUGUGAGCCCCUCUUCAUCUUUCCCUCUCUCUCUUUCCCAUCCCAUUUGCCUAUCUGGAUCUCUACAAAUCAUAGACACACUCCCAAUAAUCCCAUACUCUUGAGGAGUGUCUACACUGCACCGAAACCC